AUGCUGCGAGCGGCGCAUCGACGAGUGUAUAUGCCACUUUUCGGUUUCAGCGAGAGCUUGAACUUGUCGGUGGCAACAGCACUGGUGCUUCAGCGACUGCUGAACUGGUUCCCGGAGAUACGCGGUGAUCUUGACGAGCAGGAGAAGCAGCAACUUCGAGCGAAAUGGCAUCCUCAGUUGGUGGGUAACCCGACUCAAGCAGCUCAGGCCGAGCCAUGGACGUCAGGUAGUGAGUUAAUCCGCCCACUUGACGAUUUGCGUCGCGAAAAGCACGAAGCGUGGGUUCCUAAGAGUGUGCGACGACGCGAGCAAACUAUGCCCGAGGUGAGAGAGCGCCUGGGCAAGAGGAAGCAGCCAUCGGAAGAUAGACAUGCAGACAACGUGAAGACACAGGAGAUCCCUGAAUGA